AUGAUGAAUCAUUUCCUUCAACAACCCAUCCCUUCACCAACAAUUAUUUCAUCAUCACCACCAUCAUCAAUUUUAAUCACCCAAACCCAAACAACAACCACCAAUCAUAGUGCUGAGGAUAUUGCUCUUGUAAGAGGCUUUAUUCUCACAUUUGAUAUUUGCUUUCUGUUGGUUCCGCUUGUACUGACCAUUCUCAUUCCAUUGCUUUAUGAAAUAUUUGUGGUUCGUAAAAUUCUGGAAAAACUAAAAACAACAUUUCAUAGGAGGAGAAGUAGACGAAAAACACCCUCCAUGUACUACUCAAAAUAUGGACAGUUUGAGGAUAGUAUUGAAGCGUUUGCAGUCGAGGAACAAGAUAAGGAGGAUCAUCAGAGAAGUUCCUUGGUUUGGAGAAUGAUGUGCUUUUUCGGAUGGAGAAAUUUCAAGAAUUUUGCCUUGUCGACACCGUUGGGAAGUGACAACUCUUUGGCAUCUAUUAAUGAGAAUGGCUGUUUUGCCAUGUAUCAUUCGACACCUUUUCAGAUAUUGGAUCGACUGUGUUCGAGUUGUUCAACCAUUAGAUCCUACUCUACCAGUGAGCACGAUCCUCUCAUUACCGAUACUAAUGUUUCAGUGAAAAUUCGAUCUGUGACACCAAAAAGUGUGCACAAGUACAAUGUUUCGUGCUGGAUUUCAAGUGCAAUAUUAUUGUUCAUUCGGAUAGGAAAUUUAACGCUUGCAAUAGUCACUGCUGCUUAUAUUUAUCAGUUUGAAAGUAGAGGAGAUGGAAGUGUCACAGACAAAUGGCUUCAUUACACCAAAUAUCUCACGAAUAAUACCUUUAAUUUAUUUUUACUUUAUUCCAUGCUAGUCACAGUCUAUCAUGUGGCACUCUUAGUGCUGGCCUUCAUUUAUACAAGGAAGAGAAGAGGCAUUGGAAGCGGUAAUACAGAUACAGUCACCUUUCCUUAUGUAGAUAUUAUGCCAAAAUGGUUAGAAAAAUUAUUGAACUGGAGCGGAAAUGUUGUGUGGAUAAUUUCGGAAAUGAAUUUGGUAGCAAGUGGAGUAGUAACAAUUGGAUUUUGGACAGUUAUUAUACCAACAGGAAUUUUUCCAAUUGAUCGAAUUACCUUCAUCAUCAUUUCAGCACAUGCCUUAACUUUUUCGGGAAGUAUCAUUGAAGCACUUUGUUCAGAUUUCUACUUAAAAUUUUGGCAUAUAUUUAUUGUGGGCUUAUAUUGCCCAUCCUAUCUUUUAUAUGUCAUUGGAUUGAAAGAGACCAAUCUUAUUCGAACACUUCCAUAUGGUGACUUGCUAGAUUACAAUAAGGGAGAUACUGCAUUUCUCGGACAUUUAGGAUUUUUAAUUGGAUUUUAUGUCAUUUUUAUUGUCUUGUGGUUAUUAUUGACCUUGUGCAAGAAACUGAUCACCAUCAAGUGUUGCGGUAUUUAUGCAUUUCCAUCUCAUAUUGAAAACAGAGCUCAAGCAGCUCCUGCCGCCUUCAACAAUAGCAAACUAUCAAAUCCUGUUGAAUUUUACCAGUCCAGUUUUGUAGCAGCAGGUCGUGUGGAUGUUGCUUCCAUUCGUCACUCACGAAGCAUUAGUCUUUCAAGUAGUAUUGGUGAAGACGAGGCAGAACAAUUCACCACUCUUCCAAAGAGUUAUCAAAAUAAUUCUGAAGUAGAGAGUUCAGGUUGGAAUGCUGGAUCUCAUUUGUAG